CCCUGCGCCGUCCAAGUGGAGAACAAGUGAUACAAUGAUUUUUGACCCAGCUUGGCACGCUUUGAAACCAGGCCUGGCGAUGUCGGGUCAACUGCGCAGAGUGGUAAUGCAAGACUGUUGUUUCUGCCAGGUCCCUCCACGAAGUGGCAGGGCGCCCAAAGAAAGCUGCGCGCGAAUCCACGCGGAUGCGCCCUCCUCAGGAAACGGCACGCGGACAUGGUCGACGAGCUCAUGUGUGUGGCUCGCUUAGCACCUUUGCCCAAUACGCCUCAUCGCUACUGCUCUGCAGUCGCAAAAAAAAUCAAAUGGCGAUCGGGCGACACGUGCAUUUACCGGUAGCACCUGCCGCAAAAGUGCCACAAGCACGUUGUAAAAACGACCCGGUCGGCCGGGGGAGGGCCACGUGCAGGCGGGGAGGGGAAAAAUGACGGAGGGGAAAGAGGGAGCGGGCGAGAAGAGGGUCGGAUGCAAAUUCGGGUGUGUCAAAGCACAUGCAUCGCUACGGCAGGUCAUUGCCCGACCAGAGUGAUAAGUGGUACAUGCGAGCGCCGAGUAGCAAUCCCGCGCGAAUUAGUGCGACGGGCGUUGCCCGUGCUUGCCGAGCAAGCGCAGUUCGCUAACCAGAGGUCGCUGUCACAUUGCCCGCUGAGAAGGCGGAGACCACCUGUUUAAAUUCGCCCGAUGGCUUUGUUGAAACAGUUCAUCCAAUCGUCGAAAUUCUUGAAGGGGUGGAAGGCGGCCCUCUCGGCACUGUCGCAGUCGCCAGCCCCGCCCUGGCCCGGGCCCACGCACAGGUUGUCGCCCACGAGGUUGAAGUCGAGGAGCCUGCCCACCCCGAUCUGAUCCAUGCAGCGAGUGAGGAAGAAGUCCUCGCCCCAGUCCGACCACGGUAGUUCCUCCUUCAUCCUUGCACUUGUCGGAGAGGCGCGCGUAGGCCUUCAUGGCCUUGGUCGAAGCACCUCUACGGCCCCGUACAGCAUCGGGAACGAGGACGAGCUCGGCCACGCGUUGCAGUUUACCACGUAUAGCUGCCCAUCGUGCUCGCCACGGCCCGUGUGGGGCGCCAGGCUGGUCGUCCUCAGGCGAUCGGGCAGCAGCACGGCGUCGGGGUCGGCCUUGAUCGUCCAGUCGUGGAGCCACAACCUGCCGUCCGCGAAAAGGUCGUCCCAAUCGCCAUGAAGAGCUCCGUGUUGCCGGCCGUGCCGUCUUUGGAAACACCAACCGCGAUGUCCGGGGUCUUCAGGGACUUCGAACCCGCGAUGUCGACCACCUCGUCCGAAAAGACGACGAAACCGUCGCAGUUGAAGACUCCCGAGCGCGCCUCCCACUGGGCCUGGACCAGGGGCAGCUCGUAGCCUUCGGUGCGCAUCACGAUAAAGCAGAAAAGCGACGGCCACCCCUUCGUCGCGAGACCGUAGCUUCGCGAGCCCAGCGUAUCGCAGGACCAGUUUUCAUUGUUGUCGGUGGGGUCCGGACCGGGCGUGCACGACUCCUUGCAGACCGCCCAUCCCUUCGCCUUCACGUAACACUGGUCCCCGACGGCCAGGCAGCACUGCGUCUUCGAGCAGUCCUCGACACCAGUCUUGGAGCACUUCCCAUAUUGUCCUCGACCCACGAGGCGACCUUGCCGCCCUCAGGGCCAGGGCUCCAGCCGGGCGCUGGCCACGGCGUCCUCGCGCCCAGCUCCGCGCAGGUCCACGGCUUGUCCCACUCGUUCUCCGGCUCCGUGGAGCACUCCCCUUGCACUGCGCCCAGCCAGGCCCCUUCUCGUAGCACAGGGAGCCGGAGGUUUUGCAGCACUUCGUGUCCGAGCAGUCGUCUUCAUCCCCGGAGCACUGCUCGUCGACCCAAUCGCCCUUGCCGCGCUUGGGGGGGCCCAGCUGCCAGCACCUCCACGGCUCCGAGUCCUCGUCCGAGUAGUCGGGGCCCGGCGUGCAGAACUGUCUGCAGGUCGCGAACGUGUCGUUCUUCUGGAAGCAGGCAGAGCCCGCCUCGCUGCAGCACUUGCUCUCCGUGCAAUUGGCACCGUUCUGCGCGCACUGCGGCGCCUCGCCCUUGGCGCGCGCGCCGACCUCCUCGCAGCUCCACGGAGACGGGUCCACGUCCGAGGGGUCGAUGCCAGGGCUGCAGCUGGCCCUGCACUCGGCCCAGUCUUUGCUCUUGGUGUAGCACUGCAUGCCCUGCACGGAGCAGCACUUCGUCUUGCGGCAGUCCUCCGACGGCCCAGAGCAGAGGUCCUCGCGCUUCUGCUUGAUGUGGCUCCCAGUGCUGUUCUUCGAGGAAGGGGUGGCAGCGGCCUUGCCGCUCUUGUUCUUGGAGUCGGUCCUGGACGUGUGCGCGCCCUUGGACUUCGUGCCUAUGCUGCCCUUGGACUUCCCCAGCUGCUCGAAAUGAGCCGCCUGCUUCAACAUCUUCUCGGCCUUGAUCGCCGCCUCCUUCGACACCUUGCACGGAUCAUAGGCGUCGGAAGGGUCCGUGAUGUCCAGAGUCUUCAGGUCAUCGAGGUCGGUAAGCUUCCGACGCUGCUCGCACGGGUCCUCCGGAGCGUCGACGUCGCUCCUCGUUGCUCCAGGAGGGCUUCCCCUGGGAGUGCGCGCCAGCCGGCUCGUGCAGCAGCUGCCGGAUGGGCCGCUGCCGCACGCCAGGCGCGCCGCCCGCCGUCGCGCCGCCGGAGGCCCCGGCGGACACCGCCGCCGCGAGGGCCACCGCCGCCGCCAGCGCGCCCGUGGCCCACGCCAAGCGGCGCGCGACGGGGCUGCCGACGGCCGUCCGGAGGGCGGCCCCUGAAGUCGCUGCCGUCGGCGAGCAGGGCGUCCGCCUCCAUGUGCGGCGCCGCGCUGCCCGCGGCCCUCGGCGACGGCAUGUGGGCGGCUCCGCUCUCGCGCCGACCCCGAGGGGGGUGCGCCCUGUCGCGCUGCGGUGUGAGCGCCACUCGCAGCGAGCUCUCCGACGGGGCGGAUGCCUCGCCUUCGGUCUUGGGCC